UCAUAAAUUUGCAGGUCUGCCAACCAUUCGAUAAUAAAAUUCUUUUUGUCAAAUUUGUGAAUUCUUCGCGCAGGGUGAAUUUUUUUGCAGUACCACAUCAAAAUGCCAGAACUUACUGAAAUCAAGUCUGAUGCCCCCACUACCUCUACUGCUCCAGCUGCUGAAGCAAAACCCACUCAGGAUGUUCGUGUAGAAGAUGAUGCUAGUGACAGCGACUCUGAGGAUACCAUUCCCGAGUUGGAAGAUGCUGGUGCUGGUGCCACCCAAUUGGGAGGCGGUGCCACCGGUUUGCCCAUCGAUCUCGUGUCCAAGGCCAAGCAGUCUCGCGGCGAAAAGAAGGCCCGUAAGAUCAUGUUGAAAUUGGGCUUGAAGCAGAUCCAAGGUGUCAACCGUGUUACCAUUCGCAAAUCCAAGAACAUCUUGUUUGUCAUCAACAAUCCCGAUGUAUACAAGAACCCCCACAGUGACACAUACAUUGUGUUCGGUGAGGCCAAGAUCGAGGACUUGUCGCAACAGGCUCAAGUAGCUGCUGCCGAGAAAUUCAAGGCUCCCGAAGGUGCAAGUGCCGCCGAUACCAUUGGCACCACCUCGUCCGUUGCCCCCAUUGCCGAAGAAGACGAAGAGGAAGUCGAUGAGACCGGAGUUGAUGAGAAGGAUAUUGAGCUGGUUAUCAAUCAAGCCAAUACUACCCGCGCCAAGGCAAUCAAGGCCCUUAAGAAUAAUAAUAAUGACAUUGUCAAUGCCAUUAUGGAGCUGACGAUGCUUUAAACGAUAAAUUAGUGCGUGCGCCUACCCAGUCAUAAGCCUCUAUCUCUCUACGCUGAUGAUAGAGUUUAAUGGCCUGCAUUUUAAGUUUAGUACCCGCCUCAGCAAAAAACAACAACAACACGUAAUCACAUUUAAUUAAUAAUAAUACAAACGCAAAAAAAAAACAACAAAUAUUCACAAUUAUUAUUAAUUCCCUACAGACUUCUCUAAUGUUCGUAAUUUAGUAUGUUUUUCGGAAAAUUAUUCUAUUUUAAGAAAACAUCAAAUGUUGUUCGUUAAUUCAAAUCAUACAUAUAUGGAAGAAGACUUACCUCUGCUUCGUAGCGAAGGAAAGUGAAGUUUCUUUCCCUUAACUAGUGGCAACAACAAACUCUGUGGGUUUGUUUCCAAAAAAAAAACUACAUACAUAUAUACAUUUGGUAUUUAGCUUGUUUUUGAUCUAUUUAUAAUCUGUUAUAGAUGGAAAAAUGAAAAAAAUAGAAGGCAACUUUUGUCUUGAGAGGAAAAAGCAAACGAUCGAUCUUAAGUUAUUUUUAUUUCGAAAAUAAAAAGUAAAUUCAAAACAAUACAAAAUACCAAGAAAA